UCGCGAGUGGAAACGGUCACAGCAGUUUUUACCGGCUGAGGCGAACACUUGCUAGGAUGCACUGCCAUCAGGACUUGGUGAGCUUUCUCAGCUGUGGACUUAUUCUGGUAGGAGUUUGUCACCUGGUUUAUCACAGGAAGUCACAGAGCUCCUAUGGACGCUACAUGGCAUGCCCUCCUGCUAGAACGGUUCCUGCUAGACUAGCCUGGUUCCUUCAGGAGAUGCCGGCUUUCAUCAUCCCUCUACUUUUAAUGCUCACCACGCACAAAUCCACAAUUAUGGGGAAGUACCUGCUGCUAGCGACCUUUUGCGUGCACUACUUUCAAAGAACAUUUGUGUACUCGCUAUUGAUGAGAGGAAAGCCUUUCCCGCUGAGUGUGAUGGUGACAGCGGGUUUGUUCUGCGCUCUAAAUGGUUUCCUGCAAGGACACUACCUGCUGCAUUGUGCCCAGUUUGAUGAUGAGUGGUUUACGGGUUAUUGCUUUAAAAUUGGUUUACUGCUGUUUUACAUCGGCAUGGCCAUUAAUAUUCACAGCGACUUUAUUCUACGCAACUUGAGGAAACCAAAGGAAGUAAUAUACAAGAUUCCUACUGGAGGUCUGUUUGAAUAUGUGUCUGGUGCCAACUACUUAGGGGAGAUUGUGGAGUGGUUUGGGUACGCUGUAGCCACCUGGUCUUUUCCAGCACUCUCAUUCGCUCUGUUCACCCUCUGCUUCAUUGGACCAAGAGCCUACUACCAUCACAGGUUUUAUCUUGAGAAGUUCAAAGACUAUCCCAAGUUUCGAAAGGCUUUAGUUCCUUUUAUCUUCUGAGGGAAAACGUUCAUGUAUUGCAAAAAACUGUUUACCGUGGUCUAUAAUAUGUUAUACAACAUUGUUAUUAGUGAGGCCUUAACGUGGAAUAGUCUAGUUAGCUUGGUUUAGUUAGUAUUUGUAUUUAAGAAGGUACCGAGGUGAAGUGUAUCAAUAGUAUUUGCAGCUUGUGAAAUUUAUGCAUGAUGUAUUAAUAAAUGUAUUUGUCUUGUUUCUUACUGAUACUCAUACAACCGAGUUUCCAAAAGUCAGGAAUGCUGUUUGAAAUUAAAUCAAAUGUAAGAAUCCACUGAUUACCAAUUUUACCA